UCAUCUGGACAAGUCCUCUAAUUGCGGAUACCAGUUUUGAUUCAUUAGACAACAGCAGAUGCUGCUUUGAUCACGAUCUGAUAUGGCUUGUGAAGAGAUAAAAAACACAGAUCCAAAUUGGGAGACAGAAGAAGCUAUUGCUGAAAACUUAGAUCUUCCAAAGUGGUCUACAAAAAAUGUUGUUAAACUUUUGGAAGAAGGUUGCACAAUUCCGUUUAUAGCAAGAUAUCGUAAAGAAAUGACAGGAGGAAUGGAAGUUGAUAAACUCAGAGAUAUUCAGUCAUCUUUAGAAGAGCUCAAACAUGUCCAGAAUAAAAUUGCAACUGUAUUGAAAGCCAUCAAUAAACUAGGCAAGCUUACACAGGGAUUAGAAAAAUGUCUGAAGAAUUCUAAAACGAUAACAGAGAUCGAUGAUUUGUAUGCCCCUUUCAAACCUGGACAUAAAGGUACACUAGCAGAAAGAGCUAGAGCUCUGAAUUUAGAACCACUAGCUAUAACUUUCCUUGACAGACCCUGGGAAGGUAAUGUUCAGCAGUAUGUGGAUCCAAAUGUUAAAGGUUUACAGAAGUUGUCAGAUGUAGAAACUGGUGUUAAACAUAUACUAGCAGAUAUCAUGCAUAAACAUAAAGACUGUAUGGAUUUUAUCAGAGGAUGGUCAAAAUUCCGGGAUAUUAAGCUUGUCACUUCCGAAUGCAAACCAAAGAAGUCUGGAAAAAAUGAAGACACAAAGACAGUAAAAACUGCAGAAAUGAAGAAAGUCGUAAAAAAAGAAGUGAACAUCAAAGAAGAAAGUAGACAUAAAUAUGAACAGUAUUUUAACUCUAAUUUACUUGUCUGUUAUAUAAAACCACACCAGGUGCUAGCAAUAAAUCGAGGUGAACACAACAAAUUUUUAACAGUUAAAAUAGAAGUACCAGAUAAAGUAAAAGCAAUGUAUGAUAGGCUAUGUAGUCAACAUUUUGUUGGCAGAGCUCACCAAGGAACAUAUGCUAUGAAUGUUAUCACCCAGGCAAUCAGUGACGCAUAUGAUAGAUUGGCACAUCCUCAAAUGAUUAGAUUGAUAAGGUCUGAAUUGACAAAAAAGGCUGAAAAAGCAUCAAUUGAGGUAUUUGCUACCAAUCUAAAGAAUUUGCUUUUAGCUUCACCUGUCAAGGGAAAAUGCAUUCUGGGUUUAGAUCCAGGAUUCAAAAAUGGCUGUAAAGGAGCAGUAAUAACAGCAACAGGCCAGAUUGUUCACACUGAGAUAGUUUAUAUUCAUGAUUAUAAAAGUAACAAGUAUGAUGAGAAAAUGAAAAUAUUACAGAUAAUCAAACAAUAUGGAUGUGAGAUAUUUGCCAUAGGAAAUGGUGUUGCUUGUAGAGAAACAGAAACUUAUGUAUCAAACUUGAUUAAGCAAGAAAAUCUGAAGAUGAAUUACUGUGUGGUAGAUGAGAGUGGAGCGUCCAUAUACAGUGUGUCUGAUCAAGCCAAGAAGGAAUUGCCAAGUUUAGAUCCUUCACUCAGAGGAGCAGUAUCAAUAGCAAGAAGAUUAUUGGAUCCUCUAGCAGAACUUGUAAAAAUAGAGCCCAAACAUAUAGGUGUAGGACAGUACCAGCAUGACAUGCCAGAGAACCAACUGAAGCUGUCAUUAGAUUCAGUGGUUGAAGAAUGUGUAAGUUUUGUAGGAGUAGAUGUUAACACUGGGAGUGAGAGUUUACUAAGGAGAAUAGCAGGCUUAAAUUCUACAAGAGCUAAGAAAAUUAUAGAAUGGAGAGAAAGUAAUGGUUUAUUUGUCAAUAGAGGACAAGUGAAAUGUGUGAAAGGUAUUGGUGACAAGUCUUAUGAACAGUGUGCAGGAUUCAUCAGAGUCAAUGCUUCACUUGAAGGACAGACAGAAACAUGUAAAGAAGAACCUGAAGAAACGAAAAUAGGAAGAAAAAGAAAGAAACCAACAACUGGUGGUGGGAAGGCUAAAAAGAAGAAAGACUCCAUCAGUCUUGAACCUAACAUCCUAGAUACAACAUGGAUACAUCCAGAAUCAUAUGGUGCAGCUGAAAGUUUAAUGCAGAUGCUAGGAGUUAACAAAGAAAACCUUGGCCAAGAGGUGUUUAUCAGAGAGGUACAGAACUAUAUGAAGACCAAAACCACAGAGGAAUUGUCAGCUACCCUUGCAGUAGGAGAGCCAACAGUUGAUCUGAUCGUCAAAGCAUUCCUUAAGCCACAUUCCUAUGAUUACAGAGAAGAUUUUGAGAAACCAUUAUUCAGAAAAGAAAUUCAAGACAUUAAUUCGUUGAAAAAUGGAACAAUAUUGACGGGAAAAAUAACAAAUGUUACACAUUUUGGAGCAUUUGUAGAUAUAGGUGUAGGACAAAAUGGACUGAUACAUGUAUCUAAAAUGAAAAAUACAAAAUUGAAUCUUGGAGAUAAAGUAUCUGUUAAAGUAAUCUCACUGGAACUGAGCAAGAAAAGAAUUGGUCUGGAAAUACAUUGCAUAUGAAAAAGCUUUUGUUGUGUAGUGUCAACUGUUAACAGAUAUCAGUUUCAGUGGAUUGAUGCAAAAAAGGAAGGAUAACAAGUUGGAAGUAUGUGAAAAAAAAACAAAUGGCCAUUUAUAUUAAUUGUGAACCAUUUGUAAAACAGCUAUGUACCAAAAUAUGAAAAUAUAACGGAAGUGAAAAUUAUUAGUGUUCAGCAUUAUAUUUGAUGGAUGAAUCAUUUUGAUGGAACUUUUUAGAUUGACAUUUGAUUGAUUUCUUCUUGAUUGUAAUUUGAUUGUUUUUUUUAAUGGAUUUACAAUUAAUUGAUCAGUUUUAGUAGAGAGUCUUUUAACAACACUUUAGGGAUUGCUGCAGUAAUUUUAUUGAUUCAUGUUUCAGUGCCUAGGGCACAGCCAUACAAAUAUUAAUAAGUAAUAAGCUUUAUUAAUAGACAGUGAAACAAUUUAAAUAGAUUGUCAACAAGGAAAAGAAAGUAAAAUAAAUUGUUCAAGUAUAAA